AUGGGAUGCUGGAUUUUGAAUGAGAGUCUCUCCAUCACAUUAGUACUCUUAUGGCUGGGAGUGAAUUUAUAUCUGUUUAUCGACACAUUCUGUUGGUAUGAAGAGGAGGAGUCGUUUCUGUAUACACGAGUUAUUCUGGGUUCAGCACUGGCCUGGGCCCGAGCAUCUGCAGUGUGUUUGAAUUUUAACUGCAUGCUAAUUUUAUUACCAAUCAGUCGGAACCUGAUUUCAUUCAUGAGAGGGACACAUACUUGCUGCCGAGGCCUGUGGAGGAGACAAUUAGACAAAAGCCUCAAAUUCCACAAACUGGUGGCCUAUGGGAUAGCUACUAACGCAACCAUCCACAUUGUGGCUCAUUUGUUCAACCUGGAGCGGUACCGCUGGAGCCAGGCUCCAGAUGCAGAGGGACUUCCGGCUGCACUGUCCAAACUUGGCAGCACCCCGAAUGAGAGCUACCUCAACCCCAUCCGGACCUUCAACACAAGCACAAUUACUGAGCUGCUAACUACAAUAGCUGGUGUAACUGGCCUGGUCCUCUCUCUGGCUUUAAUCUUGAUCAUGACCUCUUCAACCGAGCUCAUCAGACAGGUCUGCUAUGAGUUGUUUUGGUACACACAUCAUCUUUUCAUCAUCUUCUUUAUCAGUCUGGCUAUCCACGGGGCAGGCCGGAUCGUUCGAGGCCAAACGCCAGACAGUCUGUUGCAGCAUAGCGCCACCUUCUGUGGGGACCACUACACCGAAUGGCAGGUGGCUUCCCAGUGCCCCCUGCCUCAAUUUUCUGGCAAGGAACCUUCGGCUUGGAAAUGGAUUUUAGGCCCUGUGGUCUUGUAUGUAUGUGAAAGAAUAAUUAGGUUCCGACGAUUUCAACAAGAAGUUGUCAUUACCAAGGUGGUCAGCCAUCCAUCUGGAGUCCUAGAGCUUCACAUGAAAAAACGAAAUUUCAAAAUGGCACCAGGGCAGUACAUCUUCUUACAGUGUCCGUCCAUAUCUGCACUAGAGUGGCACCCCUUCACACUCACCUCAGCCCCCGAAGAGGACUUCUUCAGUGUGCACAUCCAGGCAGCAGGGGACUGGACCAGGGCUUUAUUUAAAGCCUGUGGAGCAGAGGAACAGGCCCGCAAGGAGCCCUGGAGCCUACCAAGGCUGGCAGUGGAUGGGCCAUUCGGCGCCGCCCUCACGGAUGUCUUCCACUAUCCAGUGAGUGUGUGCAUUGCUGCGGGAAUAGGAGUCACGCCUUUCGCUGCUCUUCUGAAAUCUCUAUGGUACCAAUGUUGUGAGCCACAAACCAAGCUGAAGCUGAGCAAGGUGUACUUUUACUGGAUUUGCCGGGACGCAAGGGCUUUUGAGUGGUUUGCUGAUCUCUUACUCUUGCUGGAAACACAAAUGAGUGAGAGUGGGAAAGCUCACUUCCUGAAUUAUCGUAUAUUUCUUACUGGCUGGGAUGAAAAUCAGGCUAUUCACAUAGCAUUACAUUGGGACGAAAAUACUGAUGUGAUUACAGGCUUAAAGCAAAAAACAUUCUAUGGAAGACCCAACUGGAACAACGAGUUCAGACAGAUAGCCUACAAUCACCCCAGCAGCAGUGUUGGCGUGUUCUCCUGUGGACCCAAGGCUCUCUCAAAGACCCUUCAGAAGAUGUGCCGCCUGUAUUCUUCAGCUGACCCCAGGGGCGUUCAAUUUUAUUACAACAAAGAAAGCUUCUAG